UUUACACCAUCAGUUCAGAGCUGGGUGAUCGAACAGGUACCAUCUUCGCUGCCAUCAAGAUGAUCACAGACGUCACCUGCAUUCGCUUCACGCCACACACCAAAGAGUUUAACUACAUCAACUUCCUGGAUGGCAAAGGCUGUGCGUCCUUUGUUGGUUGUCAAGGAGGAGCCCAGAAGCUGUUUUGCGCCCGCUCGUGUUCUGUAGGGAAUCUGUGCCACGAGAUGAUUCACGCUCUGGGGCUGCACCAUGAACACACCCGCAAGGACCGCGAUGAACACGUCACUGUGAAGUGGAAGAACAUCCAGCCAGGGAAAGAAUCAAACUUCAAGCUGAAACGUGGAAACACUCUGAACCUGCCGUAUGACCUCAGCUCCAUCAUGCACUACGGAGAGUAUUUCUUCAGUCGAGACGGAAGUCAGACGAUUUUGCCCAAGAGCAGCAAAGCGCUGAUUGGUCAGAGGACGCACCUCAGCAAGCUGGAUGUGGAGAAACUGAACGGACUCUACCACUGCGAGGAGCGGAAGAGGGAAGGAAAUCUGUGAGCUGAAGAGAUUUAAUAAAAUUAUUUAAAUAUC